UGGAAACAAUUCCAGGAGCUGAAGACAGGCGAUAAGGAAGGAGUCAGCUGGGGCCUAAAACUGCUGAUAAACUAAGUCAAUAAAAGCACCCCCCACUUCUGACAGGACUUCAGUACCACAUCAUCUCCAGCCAGCUCAAAAACUGGUCCCAGAACCUGUUGGCUCAGUUUCGGUCCUACGCCUAAUGAUGCCUCACCGCAGCUGUGCUGUUGAGAUUCAUAACAAGUCUUACUGCUACACUCUGACUAACCCAAGGGUGUUCAUCGAGAACGGCUGCUGUGAUGUUCCUCUGGCACCCUCAGUGGGUCCCUCCUCCACCGCAAACGCAUUCUUCAAUAAGACCACUGGUGCCGCUACGGGAGCAGUGGGCGUCUUCACUUACGACUUAUUCAACCCCGAUCUCCACGACUACAGCCACAUCAUGGCUGUCAUGUACUCUGUGCCCUUCGACAGAGUGCUCCACCACAACUGGUUUGCCGUUGGAAUCUUUGAGCGCAGCACAGAGUGCAACUAUGCCCUAUAUGACAUGAUGUAUAACGCAACAGAAAACGGCUUUGUAAGGGCAAAGGGCGAGGGUUCGUACGUCUCCUAUGAGGGGACUUACAUUAACGUGAGGGCCAGCAUGUCAGAGGAGUGUGAGGCGGUGUUAAAGGUGGAAGUUAGUGACACUGGCAUGUAUUGAGUACAGUAGAAAACAAUCUGCCAAUAAAAUGGAACAU